GGGUGAAGUAUUGGUUCAGGCUUCAAAAUACAACCUUGUUCUUCUAUACACAGAAGAAUGGCAGCGCUGUGCAGUCGGUGCGAGAGGUCCAGAGAGUUGACAGCAAGCGCUUUAUGUUUGAGAUCAUCAUGACCAAUGGAAAGAGAAAAUUGUUGGCAGCAGAGACCGCAGCUCUCAGAAAAGAGUGGGUAGGACUCCUAUGGCAAGCCAUGAAUCUUUCUACCUCUAUGGUUUCAGACUCCAGAAGCACACAGCAUGAAGUGUGUGAGCAGCGAGAGCGGUUAAACAGCAGCGCACCCAUCUCCUCACACAGUGACCAUGUAAUGGAGUUGCUGCCUGCUCGGCCCCUCUCUGCCCCUGCCCCUACAGGCCACGUCCAUCACAAUAUCGGGAGCAUCGCCUCCCCCAUCUCCCUGUCUGAGGAGCCGGAAGGUGAUGAGGCCAUGCAGCAAAACACACUUCCAGCCUGUAACUACCAGCAUUACAACAGUGACAGUCUCAUCAGUCCACAAUGGUCCAGUGGGAUGAGCAAUGCAGAAGGCAGACAAGAAGGAGACUAUGACAUUUUACCACUUAGAAACACGGUAUGUGAGAUCAACGCUUCAACAGAGACGGAGGAGGGCGUGUAUGACUUUCCUCUCUCUUACAGGAGGUCUGCUGGACAUCCGAGUGAGAACCCCACAGAGAGCAUCUAUGAUGUACCGAGCUCUCUUUUGAGAAGGAUGCCUGAUCACACUUUAGAGGAGCAGCUGGAAGACGAAGUCUACUGGAGGAUAUGAGGUCCAGUUUGAGGACACAAGUGGCAAACCGGAGGGUAGCGGUAACUCACCAUACAUGUAACUUUUGGACCAGACACAGAAGACUGUUGCUGCCUAAUAUUUAUAUCGUUGUUAAACUUUUAUAUGCUAGACAACAUCCAAAACAUAGGUUCAACUGUGGUAUUUAUUUUAGCUCCCUCUAUACAAGACCAGGAACAACGUAGUAAUUUAUAACUACAGAGAACACGCUGUACACAAAUGUCAACAUAUACGCACUGUGGGUCAGUCACACUGUGGUU